AUGGCGUCUAAUGACUACAUUGACUCAGCGCAGCACGCUUACUGUAACCGCUUCUGCUGCUCUGACUUCUUCAGGUACCAGGAAGCUGAGCUUUCUCUUCCGGCAUCGCUGCAAACCGAGAUCCUCCCAAUCUUCAGCCAGGAACACUUCACUGCAGACAAGCAGUACGCUACUGGGUACGAUGCCAUAGCAGACUCUCUCAGACUUGCCAGUCAGUUACUGCUGAGUGGCGGAGCUGCUCGCUAUAUCUGCACGAUGGUCGAAGGCAACGUCUUCCACAUCCACGAGGAUGACACUAGGACCAGAGUCACUCUGCCGGACAUCUACAGACUCCGAGCGGAAGGUAAGAAGCCAUUGUUCGCCCAAUACCCACGCAGUAAACAUGUCCAGAAUAGCGUUUACACCAAAGCCAGAGCACGACAGAUUCUGGACAAUCUGUCGAAGCUGGUGACCUUCCACUUCGACGACUCGCUUCCUGACGGCAUGAACGGUAUGACCCAGACCCUUCCGGGCCCACUGACUACUGAGCAGGCUCGAGUCUUUCCAGGGGGUUCCAACGUCCGCAUCCGCAUAGCAGGUUUUAUCUACAAGAAGCUGAACUCCCUUAACGCUCAGCAGGACCCCCAUCGCGAGUACAGUCAACGCGAUAUCGAGAAGGUCCUUCACAUACGCUUCACCCUAGCGAAGCUCCUCGUCCACGAACUCGGUCACGCCCUCAACAUUGCUGUUCAAGGCUCGAUCAAGUCCAUCGGCGAGCCUUUCGAUGGUGAUUGUGAGCUUUCUGAGGGUGGCUUUGCGCUCGAGAAUGCUAUCUUCGACGGCAUCCUUGGUGUGAAUUCCUGCAUGUCCCACAAAAACUACACAAACAAAUGCAGCCGAGCCUGUACUGACUUCGCCAACACAACCUCCACGAUUCCCCUCACGCUCGACGAGUGGCCAUCGGGUACGUAUCAGCACAGCUACCAGCGAGCCGGUCUCCUGCUAGCUUCACGCCGCCAGCUGCCGAAGGUCGAUAAGACACAUCGAGUCCCGCUGAUGUUUCUACAGAACCUGUUCUCGCGAGCCUACUGGGAGCACUUCGUUGACCCCGAGAGUCUAGGUCCGUUGACGGUACCCACGGCGGGGAUUUGGUACGGUAAUUGUGAGUCUACACCAUGCGAGAUUGACGAGAUUCAGGAAGGGGAGUUUCCGAAAGAUGCGCUGUGGGAUAUUGUUAUGGAUGAGGUCGCUGCUGGCAGUAGACCUCUUGUUACGAUCACGAGUGAUGAAGAUAGCGAGAAGGUGAGACACGUGCCUUUGAGAGGUUCUAUUGAUUCUGAUGUGUCUGCUACUGACCUGACGGAGGCUGUUGAGGUCGAUCAGCCUGUGGCGUUGAUCGGCUGGGCUGAAGCGGUUGAGCAGCCUGUCGCAGUUGUGAAGCAGGUUGCGUCGGGUAAGCCUGUUGUGGUGACCCCGCCUGUGGCUGUUGAGCUUUGUGCUGAGCAAGGUUGGGCGGGACCUCAGCCGUUGUGGUUGAUGGCUGCGGAGCGGGCUGUUUGA